CACCCCUCGCCCCGCACACUUCGCCAUGAGUCUGCGCGCCGCCCUGCCCCGCGCCGGUGCUCUGCGCACCGCUGCGCGCCCCUCGCCCGCCAUGCUGCGUGCCGUCGCCGUGCUCCCGAGCACGCGCGCCUACUCCGACAAGGCUGCUCCGGAGAAGCGCGCCUCGGCGCUGCUCGACCUGCUGCCGGGCAACUCGCUCAUCAGCAAGACGUCGUGGGUGACGCUCGGCACGGGCAUCUCCGCGCUGGCCAUCUCCAAGGAGCUCUACGUGGCCAACGAGGAGACCGUCGUGCUGGCGGGCUUCCUCAUCUUUGCCACGCUUGUCGGCAAGCAGCUGGCUGCGCCGUACGCUGAGUGGGCCGAUGGCCAGAUUAAGAAAGUGACGGACAUCCUCAACAACGCCCGCUCGGCGCACACGUCGGCCGUGCAGUCGCGCAUCGACUCCGUGUCGGAGCAGCAGGACGUCGUGUCGCAGACGCAGGCGCUCUUUGCCCUCUCCAAGGAGACGGCGCAGGCCGAGCAGCAGGCGUUUGAGCUGCGCCAGCGCACGGCGCUCGCCGCCGACGUCAAGGCUGUGCUCGACAGCUGGGUGCGCUACGAGGCGCAGGAGCGCGAGGCCGAGCAGAAGGCCCUCACCAAGUCCGUCGUCGAGAAGGUCGCGGCCAGCCUGCGGGAUGAAAAGACGCAGAAGCAGAUCCUCGACGACGCCGUCAGCCAGAUCGAGCAGCUCGUCAAGAGCAAGGCCAUCUAAGCCCUGGUCUGCCAUACACCGGGAUAGCAUGCAUCGCGAUGGUGGGGCCUGCCCACUAGCCUCGCUUCGUCCUGCUGCCUGUCUGGCGCGCCUCCAGUUGCGCCUGCAGCGCUGCUCCCUCCCGCCCACUCUGAGAAAGAAAGAAAUGCCCACGGCGUCUGAUCUUGCCCAACUGCCGUG